AUCAUAAUAAUCCAUCAAAGUAGUUUUUUUUAGCCAUUAAAUGAUAACAAUAUAAACUGGACACUCUGUGUUCCAUUUACCAAUUAAAGGUAAAUAGACAAAAAUAUCAAUAAUUUUUAUUUGAAAUAUCUUCUUGUGGCUAGUACAAACCCAAGAUGGCUGUUCACUGUGCCACACUCUCCGUGGCCAAGCUAUUCAAACCUUUUCGAGCUGGAUUUGUCGGAAGAACGUUGAAACUAUGUGGAACAACUGUCACAAGUCACAGGAAUAAGUCGACGUUGACUGGAGAACACAUUCCUCCUCCAGCAAAGUAUGGCGGCAGACAUACUGUCACCCUUAUACCUGGAGAUGGAAUUGGCCCAGAGCUGUUUAGUCACGUCAGGGAAGUGUUCAGGUUCAGCUGCGUGCCCGUGGACUUCGAGGUGGUCCAAGUCAACUCAGCCUUGGAGACCGAAGAUGAUAUCAACAACGCCAUCACUGCCAUCAGACGAAAUGGUGUUGCCCUCAAAGGUAACAUAGAAACCAAACAUACGAUGCCCCCCUCUGUCAAAUCCAGAAAUAAUCUUCUUCGCACAAACUUGGACCUUUAUGCCAAUGUGAUGCACUGCCAGUCCCUCCCAGGCGUCCAGACUCGCCACAAGAAUAUCGACAUCACGAUCAUCCGGGAGAACACUGAGGGAGAGUACAGCAGUCUGGAACAUGAGAGCGUCUCUGGGGUCGUGGAGUCUCUUAAAAUAAUCACCAGGAACAAUUCUCUACGAAUUGCGGAAUAUGCUUUCCGGCUGGCCAGAGAGAAGGGCCGACGCAGGGUCACCGCUGUCCACAAGGCCAACAUUAUGAAGCUGGGCGAUGGCUUGUUUCUGCAGUGUUGCAAAGAGGUGGCCUCGGGGUACCCCGACAUCACGUUUGACAGCAUGAUUGUAGACAACACCACCAUGCAGCUGGUGUCAAAGCCUCAGCAGUUUGAUGUGAUGGUGAUGCCCAACCUUUACGGCAAUGUGGUGAGCAAUGUGUGCGCUGGUCUGGUGGGAGGGCCCGGCCUAGUGCCCGGAGCUAAUUAUGGGCGUGACUAUGCUGUCUUUGAAACGGCCACAAGGAACACAGGAAAGAGUAUUGCAAACAGGAACAUAGCAAACCCCACUGCCUUGCUGCUCGCCAGCUGCAUGAUGCUUGACCAUCUUAAGCUUUAUGAUUAUGCAACUUUGAUCCGGAAUGCAGUGCUCACAACCAUGAAUGAAACCAGGUUGCACACAGCGGAUAUUGGCGGCCAGGGCACCACAUCAGAAGUAGUUCAGUCAAUCAUGCGACUCAUCCAGAGUAAAGGACAACACACGGCUGAGAUGUAAAGGUCAUUAGCGCCACUGAUGGCACUCAUAUGGUAUCUUGGACAUUUUGUACUAUCAACCCAAUGUUUAUUUUUUGUGUUGGUUUCUCACGACGAAGGCCUUGUGAUGCUAACUGAUAUCAUCCCAUUCCUGGUUACAUUACUAAACAGUACUGACUGUUAAAUCACAGAACACCACAGGUCCAACUCUUUCCUGGCGGCAACAUUUUUACGUUUGGGAUAUACUGAUAUUAUUUACAAAGCAAUUAUGGAUAAGUGAUAGAUUUAAGGCACCUGCACAAGUAACAAGCAUUAUCCAGAGAGCCUGACGGGAACUAACAAAAUGAAUCCCUUUAAAUGCAGAUUCUACAUAGAGCUACAGUAUGUGGUCAUCCAUAUAGUCAUUGGUAUCUCUCAAAAAUCAACAUGCACACCUUUGUUUACACUUGGUUACUUGGUUUGCAAUGUAUCAGCAAAAUAAUGGUAUGGUGCGAUAAGCUUAUUAACAACAUUGCAAACAUGAUAUCCUACUAUCUUGAGUGAGGUCUAGUUAUUAUGUAGCUAAAGAGGCCAAAAGAACAAUUACAAAUUGUACAGCUUUCAUUUGACCAUGCUGUACAAUUAUUCACUUCUUAUUGUGCUGUAACUGAUAAAGAUCUACUAUACUGUAUAUGUUCUACAGUCUUGUGUCUUGUAUAUCUACAUUAUAUCAACCGCACGAACUCACCCUUUUUUGUCUGUAAUGAAUAUGAACUUCAAUCUUGCUUGACUGUACACUAAAUCCUGUACAAUAUCAAUAAAAGUUCAAUCUGUUUACCUGA